GGGUAAGUAUGGAGGGAGGGUGAGAGGGGAGAAGGAAGCGCACCGGAGACUCUUUCAGACAGAACUGCUGUUGCGCGGAGCUGCUUACAGAGUUUCCAGUCCGCGCGGCAAGAAGACAGGAGGGCGCGAGGCGAGGACACCGGCUCUUAUCCCGCGAGGAUACCCCCUCCACCCCACCAACUUACCCCCCCAACCCCACCACACCUGCACGGGCUCCAUGUGAAGGCGAAGCCUCGCGAUAUCCACGCGCAACUUUUGAUCGGAGAGGAAAACAGCAGCAGAAAACAGCACCGAGAGAGAGAGAGAGAGGGAGAGAGAGACAUACAGCCACACGGCGUUGGGAAGAGACAAAGAAGGCAAAGGUAUGGCGGCGACUUUACCCAGGACCCUUGGGGAGUUGCAGCUCUACCGCAUCCUACAGAGAGCCAACCUGCUGUGCUACUACGACGCCUUCAUCCAGCAGGGCGGCGACGAUGUGCAGCAGCUCUGCGAGGCUGGCGAAGAUGAGUUCCUGGAGAUCAUGGCAUUGGUGGGCAUGGCCAGCAAGCCGCUGCACGUUCGGCGUCUGCAGAAAGCUCUGCGUGACUGGGUCACCAACCCGGCCCUGUUCAACCAGCCCCUGACCUCACUGCCUGUCUGCAGCAUUCCCGUAUACAAACUGCCCGAGGGCUCACCCACACUGCUGCCUGGCAAUGGAGCCCGCGGAGAGACACACGUCAAGGUGCCCAAGUGUGUAGCUGCAGCCCUCGUGGACCCCGGAAAGGGCGAGGCGGGUAACGGGAGCUCCUCAGCCACAGCUUCACCCCUACAGAGUGGGACAGAGCCACGCUUUUGGGCUGGACACGGGACAGAAAGCGAGCACAGCCUCUCUCCUGCCGACCUCGGCUCACCCUCAUCCCCCCGCGACGGCCUGGAGGCGCUGGAUGCAGCCGCUGUCCAGUCGGUCACAGAAUGCGUGGAGAGAAUGGCACAGGCUCUGCCUAAGAGUGACCUGACAGAGGUCAAAGAGCAGCUGAAGGGCAACAAGAAGCUGGCAAAGAUGAUCAGCCACAUCUUCGACAUGAACGAAGAGGAUCCGCACAGGGAGGAGGAGAUCCGCAAGUACAGCGCCAUCUACGGACGCUUCGACUCCAAGAGAAAGGACGGCAAACAUCUCACACUGCAUGAGCUGACGGUAAACGAGGCUGCAGCCCAGCUGUGUAUGAAGGACGUGGCAUUGCUGACGCGCAGAGACGAGUUAUUUGGACUUGCUCGGCAGGUCUCCAGAGAGGUCACCUACAAAUACACCUACAGAACCAGCAAAUCCCGGUGUGGAGACAGAGACGAACCUUCUCCAAAGAGGAUUAAAACGGAGCAGGAAGGCUUUUUUGACCUGCAGGAGGCGCUGCAGGCCAUCCACAUGCGACAGGAGACGCUCAGAGAGCAGCUGGCCCAGGCUAGAUCCAAAGGAGACGAGACAGUUUCCCGAAACAUCCAGGUUCAGUUGGAGCGUCUGUUGGCUAAGCAGAUGGAGAUCUUGCACGAUGCUGCAGCUCAGGACAGACUGCAGGCUCUGGAGUGGAGAGUGCCACCCGGAGCCUUUAAACACAGUGCGGACAGACAGAGCACCAAUGGAGUGUCCAGUGAUAAGGCCAGCGAGCAGCACGGUGAGAAGCCACUGAAUCUGCGGGUGACGGGCCAGAGGCCGGGGGUGUCCGAGGGGGAGACGCCGCUGGGCAAGCAGCUGGCCAACGAGCUGAAGAGACACCACCAGGCCAGCGCUGAGAGCAAAGCAGCGGCCGCAACAGAAAACGGCAGCGGAGCGGACACGACUCCACGCGCCCUCAACCUUUCGGAAAAGAAAACCAUCAAAUCGGAGCCUGAGGAUUCCAGAUAGCAGACCGGAAAACCCCUUCCUACUGAUUCCAUAAUGAACUCUUGUCUGUCAGUGAAUACUAAAGGAGCACAACUACAGUAGAGCCUUAAUAACCAAUGUUGCCUCAAAAUAGAGUUUCUUUUUUAGUUCCAAGUUUUUUGUUUUGCCAAAGCACCUAGAGCCCUUAUUUUCAUCCCUGGAUAGACUCACAGAAUCUGUGUUGUCACUGACUGUACACGCAAACUGCUCUCUCUUUCUUUCUGUCUCUCUCUCUCUCUCUCUCUCUCUCUCUCUCUCUCUCUCCCUCCCUCUUUAUUCUCUCACUUGUUUUCUCUCUCUCUUUAAUGGGCGUGGACCAUAAUGUCCGCUUGUUGUACAUACAUUUGUUCAUACAUGGAAAAUGUUGAGAUGAUGUUAUUUAAAUACAGUUUGUGUUGUGUGUAUAUAUAUAUGAAUGCAUGUCGAGUACUGUUCCACUGAAACAGAAAGUGACACCGUCAUUGUCUCGAUGGUUCAAGCUCAGUUUGAAGACGUUUGAGCUUUUUUGGUGGAUUUCAAACGAACCUGGUUUUAAUAGUCUUUCUACGGUGCUAUGGUUGAGAUGACCCACAGAGGGCGAGUACAAUGCUUAAAGUAGAUGUUGUUAGUUUUACGAACAUAGUGAAAACCUCAGUCCACACAUUCAGCUUCAUUUGUCUGUGCUAGAUUGUAAUGUAAGGUUAUUUCAUUGAGAAUAAGCACAAGUAUCAUAAUUCAGCUUAUUGACUACUUACCUGGGAGUGAUAUUCACAGAACUACUUAAGAGAAACCUCUAAUAACAAGCUUCACGUAUGAAGAUCGUAAUUAGUUAUGUGAAUAGUUUGAUAAGCAUAAAUAGUACUAAAUAAGUACUAACUGUGAUUUUAUUGGCCACACCCAAAACAGAACCUCUCUUUCUGUAAAACGUUUCUGGGAGGAAGAUUUUUUGACCAACAGUCAUCUCAAAACAAGGUGUUUAUACACUUAUAAAAAAGGUGACAGAAAGGGUUCCUUGUGCGAUGUCAUAGAAGAACCACUUUAGUUCCCUAAACAUCAGUAUUGUGAAGUGACGAACCUUUUAAAAGUUAAAAGGCCUCCACAUAAUGUAAAGGUUCUAGGAAGAACCCAAUUUGGGAUAGAACUUUUACAUUAAAUUGUGAAAAUACCUUCACUCACUCACUCACGUUUAGCAGGCUAUACAUUCUCCACAAGGGGGCAGUCAAAUAGCUUCUGCUGCUUCACAAUAGCAGUGCUUUGCAUAGUCUCAUGGGGCCAAAUGUGACCAAGAAGGAAUAACGUCCUGGGGCUACUAUGAGAAAUUUGGGGCUAAAUGUGGGUAGGAGCAUACACUUUUUAGGGUGUGAACAAACUAAGUCUGGAGUUUGUAAACCAGUCCAACACUUGAUGACACUUCAGCUCAAAUUAGGGGGAGGAUGGAAUGUAAGUUAGCAUGGCUGAAAGGUCCACUAAGAAACACCAAUUAAGUACAUGUAUAAAUACAAAUUACAUGCAGUAAAAUAAACGUCUUGCAAGGGAAAAACAGCUCCAAUAGUCAACAAUAGCAUCUUGCUAGCUAGCUUGUGUUGACUGUACUCCAGACGUUAAAAGCGGAUGGACUAGAAGAAUUUGGUGGCAGGCUUUAGAGGGGUCAUCCAGCACCAGAAGUUUAACAAGUUGCCCCCAGACUUUUGAUCUCAUUUUGAGAUCACCUCUGGGCUUUGCUUUGCAUCAAUGACACUGUGUCUUUGCUUCAUUAGGGAACCAAAAAUAGUUCUUCUAUGGCAUCUCUCAAAGAACCCUUUGUGGCUCCAUUAUUUGAGUGUAGUUGCAAAGUGUAAAAAAUGACGUAAGGGAAAAAAUGGAGGUACGACGUUUUCUUAGGACUGAAACUUCAGGGCAGCAUCACAGCACCAUGGCAACCAUUUAUCAUACAUGAUCUAUUGUAAUAUGUAAUACCGAGUAUUUAGUAGUAGAGCAAUACCGAAUAGCUGUUGUUCCUAAAACCAGUGAAACGUGUCUAGUUGUCGCCGUCCCUGGGCUGUUCACUGUACAGUACUGUAUUUGUACCCUCCGUUCAGUAGUGUAGAAAUAGUCUUAGAUUCAGCUGAUGUACAAACGUUUAUGGAACUGAUAUGCACUAGUGUUUUAUUCUAAACGCGUUUUUAGAAUUUGCAUCCUUUUAAUCGACAUUUCCUGUGUGUUUUUUUGGUGAGACCAUUUUUUUCUUUCUCCUUUUUUAUGUUAAAUAGAGGUCGUACUGUGUGAAGCGGCCGAGCUCGGCCGUUAGUACCAUUCAUUCUGUAGUUUCCGGAUUUCGUGUGACGUGCAGUAGGAGCGAACAAUCGGGUUUCCCACAGUUGUGCGUGUGUGUGUGUAACAGUGCGGUCGAAGAGCUGCCGUAUGAACCGUAUUGGUGUUGUUGUUGAUGAAUACCUCUAUGUGAGAAUAACCGACCCAUCCUCAAGUCUCUCUCCCACACUUCAGUGUUUUGUUUUUUUGUUUUGUUUUGUUUUGUUUUGAAGGGCAAAAUGGAGAAGUUUGUCUGUACUCUUUAUUUUUGUAGGAUUACUUUCAGAAACCUGAAGACUUAAGUAUGCAAACCUGUUAAUUUAAGUGCCAUUUUAUAGUUUCUUUGAGUGUGUGGGGGCGCCUGAUAUGUCGAAGGACGAUGCGAAAGGUUCAGAAUGGUAAAUUAUUAAAGUUUUAAUGAUUGUGUAAUAAUUUACCUGCAUGUUAAUGUUAUUCAGGUGUUUUUGCCUUAGUUUUGAAAACAUUCCAGUGGUUGAGAGUGCUGGUUCGGGAUUAGUUUCACGAGUAUCAGCAGUUCGCUGGUCCCGAAUCAGCAUUUUUAACCAGUGCGCGCACAGGCCCAGUGUAGGCUCUUCAGCUGGCUGCGCCUGAUUUCCCCAGCAGUGGUAGCGUGUUUUGGAUUCUUAUUUGUGGGUUUGUGUGCGUGCGUGUGUUUGGUUAUGUUUAUUGGAAAGUGGCAAACCUGGAUAUCGAGGCGCAUGUCGGUCUGUCAGAUUUCUCAGAAAGAUUGAGACGUAUCAGUACCUUUGUGGAAAUGAAAAAAACAAAAGAAAGCAGCUUGAUCUGAUUAGAUAUCACUGACACCGACAUGCAGCUACUGAUGACCUAUAUGUCAGAACAUAUCUAGACUCCUACUUUUGUCCCAUGCUUCUUUCUCGUCCUUUAUGACAACGAGCUCACUCGUCUUUGUCCGUGCUAUGUAGAACUGAACGAUGCAUUUUCGGACUGUGGGGUGAAACGUUGUGCUUUGUUCCCAUCACUGUUGUCUGAGUAAAGAAUGCACCGUUAGGAUAUGCAGUAGUCACGCACCUCUUGUUUUGUAAACACUAAUAUAUUUAAUUUGUUAUACAGCACACGAACAUUAAACUCUAUUUUUUGAGAUCUGA